AUGGAUCUACCAAGCGAGCAGGACAUUGAAAAUAUGAACUUGACAACCAAAAAGAUGCUACUUGAAAAGAAUAAAAGCUUCUUAAUGAAUAGUAUACUGCAUAUUAAAGAGGAAAAAUGGGACAAAACACUUUUUAUGGCAGCAAUGCGCGCUUGGAUGCGCCUGUGCACAUCUUUGGAUGAAGAAAGUUCAGCAGGAAGUACUUCUACUGAAGAAAUCAUGUUCUGGGAGUACAUAACAGAAAUACUUGAGUCAAUUUCUACAUAUACUUCAGAAGAAGAAGAAGCUUCUAAGGAGAAUAUAGAUAUAUUUGUCUUGUCUAUAAACAGAAUGCCGGUAUGCGCUUCUUCUCUAUUUUAUCUUUCUCGAUUAAUUAAUAUAAACCAGCAGAAUGAAUCCUCUCUCUAUGGAAGAUUUUGUUCUCUUAUAUCAUGCAUGAAAAGACUGUAUAAUGAAAUAACCAAGAGGGGGUAUAAAUAGAAAUUUCCAAAAAUUAUAAAAAUCUGCCGUCUUUUUAUAUAAGUAUAGGAAGUUGUAUGUAUAUGUGUAUUAUUAGAGAACUCAAAAAGCAGAAUAGCGAGCUGUUUCUGAAAAUAUUGCCUUUCUUCCGCUUCUCUUCAAACUAAUAUUUAUUUCGGGUUAUAUCGGGCGAUUUCAAAGUAUACUUGCUUAGUAGCUUAUAUGUACUUAGCAUAUUUUUAACAAAUGCAUAGGAAAUCACUGCAUAAAUCCAGCAAUAGAUAGAAAGGCUUUCCAAACUAUUAAGCUAAGCACUAUAUAUAACCCAAAUUUUCUAAAUACAUGUAUAUGACUAAAAUUGAAAAUAAAAGGAUUAGAGAAAGAAGAAGACAUACAGAGAAAAAUUUCAUUUAAAAUAAAGA